UCAGGGUGUCACCUCCACCCUCUCCAUGUGACCUGGGUAAGUCCCCGACAUAGGCUUUGAGACUUUGAAUGUAUCUCUAAACCCAGUGGCUUUUAGCUUAUCUACAGGGUUGUGCAAUAAUCACCGGAAUCUAAUUUUAGAAUGUUCGUUUCACUCUCAAAAGCAACCUCAGUCCAUUUACAGUCAUUCCUCAUUCCCCCUGUGGCAAUUAGCUGUCGGCUUACUGGCCUUGGGCGCCCGGAUGGACUGUCUCUGGGUGCUCGAGGGGUGCUUCCGCUGGCAUCAGCAGGUGGGCUCAGAGGAGCUGGCUGCGCUCUAGGAUGAGAGUGCUCAGCGCCCGUAAACAGAAAGAACAGGGCGGCGGUCUGCUUCCUCCCAUCGCCCGGCGGGACAUGGCCUUUCUCCUCAUCUUCUCUGGGCACUGGGAUUCACAUCGUAGGAUCUGCUGCUUCUCAGGACUUGGGCCCCUCCGCUGGCAGGUGACACAGAAGAGUGAUGGAUGCCGUGACCAUAGGCCACACGUGCCAGGAUUGGGUGACCCUGAGAGGAUGCAGAGGAAGACACUGGAGCUGGGCACUGGUGCACCAUGCCGGCUACUCUCAGCACAGCAGCCAGAAAGGCCCCGGGAGCCUGAAGAUGAAGCCUGCGGCUCUGCCCCAUCUCACGCAGGGUCCAGCCUCCCCUGGCUCUCGGCCAUGUGGCCCAUCCAGACGCUGCCUCCACGUCUUAUCCUGGCUCCGCCACUGUCUGAGAGGGAUGGGCUCCCCCCCAGCCCGCCACCCUUCCCUUCCUGCCCUUUUGCUUGAGGGCCACCUACCUGCAAAGGCGCGGGGGAAACAAGCAGGGCGAAGCUUAGAUCGCAAAGGCCUGGUGAGGCCUGGUGCCCGAAGGACCUCAAGGGCUGGCGUUAUUGUGAUCAUUGAUAAUGAGCAGCAGCGGCCCUGUUCAUCGCUUCCCCAGCAUGCAGCCCGCUCUCCUCUCUUCCAAGCCAUGCAUGGGACCUUUGUGAUUUUGCUGCCGCUCAGCCUGAUCCUGAUGGUUUUUGGGGGGAUGACGGGGUUUCUGAGCUUCCUCCUGAGAGCUUCCCUCCUCCUGCUGCUCACGGGGACACUCUUCCUCUUUGGAGCCUUGGUGACCCUGGCGGGCAUCAGCGUCUACAUCGCCUACUCGGCCGCCGCCUUCAGGGAGGCGCUGUGUCUGCUGGAGGAGAAGGCGCUCCUGGAGCAGGUGGACAUCCGCUUCGGCUGGUCGCUGGCCCUGGGCUGGGUCAGCUUCGUCACCGAGGUGCUCACCGGGGCGGCCUUCCUGUCGGCGGCCCGCGUGCUGCGCUUGCGCCGGAGGCAGGACCAGGUCAUGUAG